UAAUUCUUGGUGGCAAGCAAUUCUUGUCGAUUGAAUCAGUGAUAUGGAUGCUUUCCGUUUAAAGAAACGGGACAGUGAAGAAGCGAACUCUGUUCUUGUCAGAACAAACACAGGGGAGUGCUUCAUGUAAUGAUCAGGAAAAGAACCAACGACCGGAGCUCCAACCGCCACCAACGGUCGAGCCUGUGGCGAAACUGCACGGACCUCCGCGCGUUGAAGCAGAUCCAGGCUUCCCUCGUCGUCAGAGGCUUCAAUUCGAACCGCGCGGCUCUGCGGGAGCUCGUCUUCGCCGGCGCGAUCGCCGUCUCGGGCACCAUCGGCUAUGCCCUCCGGGUGUUCGCUCAAAUUGCUGAACCGGAUCUCUUCAUGUGGAACACCGUGAUAAGAGGCGCGGCUCAGAGCCUAAACCCUUCCGAUGCCGUCCGCCUCUAUUCCCAGAUGGAGGGCCGGUUCGUGAAGCCGGAUGAUUUCACGUUCCCGUUUGUGCUCAAGGCUUGCACUAAGCUUUCUCGUGUCAAGACGGGUUUCGGCAUCCAUGGGAGGAUUAUUAAGUUUGGUUUUGAGUCUAACACGUUCGUGAGGAACACCCUUAUCUAUUUUCAUGCUAACUGUGGCGCACUGGGCAUCGCGAGAUAUUACUUUGAGGGCUCGGCGAAGAGGGAUGUCGUGGCCUGGUCGGCACUGACAGCCGGGUAUGCUAGGAGAGGGGAGCUACGUGUCGCUCGGCAGCUAUUUGAUGAUAUGCCUGUGAAGGAUCUGGUUUCUUGGAACGUGAUGAUUACGGGCUAUGCAAAGAGAGGGGAGAUGGAAACUGCGAGGAAGCUUUUUGACCAGGCUCCGGAGAGGGAUGUCGUGACGUGGAAUGCGAUGAUCGCUGGUUACGUGCUUUGUGGGGGUAAUGAGCAGGCGUUGGGGAUGUUUGAGGAGAUGAGAAGAGUGGGAGAGAAGCCGGAUGAAGUGACAAUGUUGAGCCUGUUGUCUGCUUGUGCAGAAAUGGGAGAUUUGGAGGUUGGGCAAAAGAUGCACCAUUCGCUUUUGGAGUUGUGUUUAGGAGAUUUGGGUGUGCUACUUGAAAACGCACUCAUAGACAUGUAUGCCAAGUGUGGUAGCAUCGAAAGGGCGUUUGCAGUAUUCCAUAGCAUGAGAGAAAAAGACGUAUCGUCAUGGAAUUCGAUUAUAGGAGGUUUGGCUUUUCAUGGCCAUGCCGAGAAUUCUAUUAAUCUGUUUAGGGAGAUGCAGAGGUUGGAAAUCAAGCCGAACGAGAUAACCAUGGUCGGAGUUCUAGUUGCAUGUAGUCAUGCUGGCAAAGUUGAAGAGGGUCGUCGAUAUUUCAAUAUGAUGAGAGAUAGAUACAAUAUUGAGCCAAACACAAGGCACUGUGGGUGUAUGGUGGAUAUGCUAGGACGUGCUGGGCUACUGGACGAAGCAUUCGAGUUCAUUCAAUCAAUGGAGAUAGCACCUAAUGCCAUCAUUUGGAGGACUCUGCUAGGGGCUUGUAGAGUUCAUGGAAACGUUGAGUUAGGAAAACUUGCAAACGAGAAGCUGCUGUCUAUGAGACAUGACCAGAGCGGUGACUACAUUUUGCUUUCUAACCUCUACGCUUUGAAAGGGGAGUGGGAUGGCGUCGAGAAGGUGAGGAAAUCCAUGGGCGACAGGGGAGUGAGGAAAGAAGCUGGGUAUAGCCUCACCGAAGGAGAUGGCAAAGCACUCAUGUACUAUUUGUUCGAUUCAAAGCCUAGGUUGGGCUCCAGAAACAAAGCAUAUGGAGUUGGGAGAGGAUAAAGAAUUUUACUUUUCUGAAGCGAGCAAGCUACCAAUUUUAAUUCCAGUCUGAAUUUGAGUUCUUUCUUUCCACUCGAA